CCACCCUCUUAAGGCUCCUUCGGUUUUUGGCGGCUGUCCCUUCUCCACGGCUUCCUUCGUUUCCCUUCUUUAACUUUCCAAACACUAGGGUUUUCUUUUCUUUUUCUCUUCACUUUCUCUCUCUACCGCCUCUUACUCCUCUAUCUCUAUCUAAAUAUCCGCCCUUUAUCUCUCUCUGCUCAUGGCCACUCCUGAUCGUAUCCGUCCUAACUUAACUCCUCUGGAAGUUGCAGAUUCACUGGAGAACUUGUCUUUGGAUUCCCAAGCCAAGACCACAAAAGUUCCUGAACCUGUCAAGGUGGAUUUCUACAGUGAUAAUGGCUCUUAUUUGUACCCGCAAACAUACGGUUACAUGUCGUAUGCCCCGUAUUCUAUUCCCAGUCCACCUCUUCCUGCUAUGGGACAUGAUGGUCAGCUACAUGCUUUGCAAGAGUACUACUAUCCAAGUCCGUAUUACCAACCGACGCUUCAAACUACUCAAGCCAAUGCUUCUCAAGUUGAUGUUUCAAGUUUCGGUGUUGCCGAACAAGCUUCUUUACCCGUUGAAGGAAACAAAGGAAAUUCAAGUGCUAUAGCGAGUGGUGGUGGGUCUGGGUCGCUAAAAUCAACCUUCAAGAGUUUCUCUCUGAAUCCCAAUGCUUUCUAUAAAGGAGGCUUGCCAACAGGUAAUCUAUAUCAAGAUUAUCGGGACCCGAGAUUUAGCUAUGAUGGGAUUCAGUCGCCAAUUCCUUGGUUGGAUAUGUCCAUGUCUCCUAAUGGGCAAUCUGAUGCAAAUAGUGGGUUCUCUUCAUAUACGAACCUCUCUUCCAGCGGGAAUCAGAAUUUCCAUGCCUUCCCUCAUGUCAUGAAUAUGCACAAUGCUAGACAUGCAUCAGGUGUAGGCCAAGCAUUUGGAUACAUGAACCACAUGUACCCCAAUAAUAUGACCUAUGGGUAUGGACACACCAUUAGAGGUGGUGCUGGUUUUGGAUCAUACGGCUAUGAUGCCCGGAAGAAUGGACCAGGGCUGUAUAAUGUUGGUAACUACAACAAAUCUAGGUUCCGGGGUUAUGGAAAAGAGAACGAUGGUUUCAAUGAGCUAAACAAAGGACCCAGAGUAAAAGGGUAUAAGAAUAAGGAUGGUUCUGGAACUGCAACAGUAGCUGUCAAAGAUCAGAACCUUCCACAGAAUAUGAUUAAUGAUGAGAACGUUGUUGAUCUCGUUCCAGAUCUGGAACAAUACAAUAAAGAAGAUUUUCCCGAGAGUUAUUCAGAUGCCAAGUUUUUUGUCAUCAAAUCCUAUAGUGAGGAUGAUGUCCACAAAAGCAUCAAAUACAAUGUGUGGGCCAGUACAUCUAAUGGCAACAAAAAACUCGAUGCUGCAUUCCGUGAGGCCAAUGAGAAGUCCGAUGGUUGUCCUGUAUUUCUAUUGUUUUCGGUUAAUACCAGUGGACAAUUUGUAGGAUUAGCAGAAAUGGUGGGUCCGGUUGAUUUCAACAAAACCGUAGAAUACUGGCAACAAGAUAAGUGGACUGGUUGCUUCCCUGUGAAGUGGCACAUUGUUAAGGAUGUUCCGAACACUUUGUUGAGGCACAUAACGCUUACGAACAAUGAGAACAAGCCUGUCACUAAUAGUAGAGACACUCAAGAGGUUAACUUUGAGCAAGGGAAUCAAAUUCUCAAAAUUUUUAAGGAACAUUCCAGCAAGACAUGUAUCCUUGAUGACUUCGAAUUCUACGAGACUCGUCAAAAGAUAAUCCAAGAGAAAAAGGCCAAGCAUCGGCUUUUACAGAAACAGAUUUCAAUCGGAGAACCUAACGAUGACCCUGUAACCGAUAACAAAGAAACUGCACCAGUAGCAAACGAGACAUCGGAAAGAUCAACAGUUGCAUCGACUGUGGAUGGAGGCGUGAAAGCCGUGGAAGUGAACAGAUCGGUCGGUGCAACCGAAGAUGGUCCGGUGAAACCCGUUUGCGUGGCGAGUGCCUGCUGAAUCAUGGCAGUUUGGAUUUGGAACAGGGGGUUGUCGUUUUGGUUUGUUAAUUUAAGUUGGAUCAAUCGGCGUUCAGGUAUUGGGACCGGUCUUCAUAGCCUUAUUCCUUGGAAUGCUGGAAUAGGUAAAAUACAUCUUACAGAGUUAAACCACCAUGAGCAGAAUGUUAUUGCUCAUUAGCCUCUUUAAGGUUUUUGUUCUUUAAUGAGAGUUGAAAAUGAA